AAAUCAGAGAGAGAAAAUCACAUUCAUCACACAUAAGAAAAAGUAGCAUUACCAAUGCACUUUCUUCUUCACAAAGAAAGAAAAAAAAAGAAGGAAAAUCAAUUUGCAGGAAUUUUUUAUACAUACACAAAAAUUCUUCCUGCUUGACUGAUUUUCCUUCUUGUUGAAAUCUGGGUUUUUUUGUCUCCUGCAAUUUAAUUCCAUUCCUUCAAUAACCAAUUUGGUGAAUUGGACCCGAAUCUGUUAGUAUGAAAGAUUUUCUUGUUCAAGUGAAAUUGUUUAGUAUAUACGAACAUGUUGACUUUCAAAGUUGGGUUAUUAUGAUGUAAUACGUAAGUGGUGGUUUUACAUACAAAAAAAAAAAAUGUCGCUUUAUAUUGGUCGAGAAGCUCUCAAGUUGUGGAAGAGAAUUUGUACAGAGACAACAAUAGAGAUUAAUCUUCUUGCCGAAAAUUGGAAAUAUAUUCUUGGUGGUGUAAUUUUCCAGUACAUCCAUGGACUUGGUGCUCGUGGGGUUCAUUACUUGCAUCGACCUGGGCCAACCCUUCAGGACGUUGGCUUCUUUCUUCUUCCGGAGCUUGGGUCAGACAAAGCCUACAUAAGUGAAACUGUAUUCACCACCAUUUUUCUAUCUUUUGUCUUGUGGACAUUCCAUCCUUUCAUUUUCAAGACUAAAAAGAUCUAUACGGUUCUGAUAUGGUGCAGGGUCCUGGCAUUCUUAGUUGCUUGUCAAUUUCUUCGGAUGGUAACAUUCUAUUCUACACAGCUUCCUGGUCCAAAUUAUCACUGCCGUGAGGGUUCAAAGCUUGCCACACUUCCUCGGCCUAAUAGUGUUUUUGAAGUUCUACUGUUAAACUUUCCUCGGGGCAUACUUUAUGGUUGUGGUGACUUGAUAUUCUCAUCGCAUACGAUAUUCUCUUUAGUGUUUGUGCGGGUGUAUCAUAAAUAUGGCACUCGAAGGUUUAUAAAGAAAUGUGCUUGGUUAGCUACUAUUGCUCAGAGCUUUUUAAUUGUUGCAUCGCGUAAACAUUACACUGUUGACGUUGUUGUCGCAUGGUACACUGUUAAUCUAGUUGUGUUCUUCAUUGACAAAAAAUUACCAGAACUGCCUGAUCGCACUAGCGCAGCCUCGUUGCUACCAGUAAGCAAGGAUAGCAAGACCAAAGAAGAGGAUCACAAACUUCUCAAUGGGAACGGAGAUCCUGAAGAUUGGAGGCCUAGAACCCAAAUCAACGGAAUGAUCAUGGAGGUUGGUAAUGCUGUCCAUGUUGAAGUAGCGAUGAAUGGUGUAUAGAUGGAAAAAUGCAUAGAGCGCAACUAACUGAACCUGGUUUGAGGCACUACUCUUCAAUUGCAUUACAAGUUGGGGUUCCACAACUCAUUCGUGGUGUUUGUCCAAGUCCAAUAGUUUUGAUCUUUAGUGUAGGAUAUGAAAUCUUGAUGAUAUGCUUCGAAUGCCUCUACGGUCCCUAUGCUUAAGUUUAGUGGCUUCAAUGUAUCCAUGGAGUUCGAUCUUUCUUCUGAAAAUGCAAAUAUUUUCUAGUUGUGCUAACCAAACUUUUAGUACACUUUUUCAUCACCUAAAAGGGCUGAAGAGAAAUGUGAAAUAUGUAUAGAUGAGUUGCAACAACUUUGUAUUCAUGAUGAAUAGGUAAGUUUUUACGCUGGCAGUUUUUUACGCUGGCAGCCUACUUCAA